AUGGAUAAAUGCUCUGCAGGAAAGGUUCCAAUUCAGAAAGGGGACAAGUUCAGUAAUUUACAAUGUCCGAAAAAUGAAUUAGAACGAAAGGAAAUGGAAAAUAUUCCUUAUGCAUCAGUGGUUGGGAGUUUAAUGUAUGCUCAAACGUGUACUCGACCAGAUAUCAGCUUUGCUGUUGGAAUGUUAGGUCGGUACCAGAGUAAUCCUGGAAUGAAUCACUGGAAAGCUGCAAAGAAAGUUCUAAGGUACUUGCAAGGCACCAAAGAUUAUAUGCUCACAUACAGAAGAUCAAAUCAUCUGGAAGUCAUUGGUUAUUCAGAUUCAGAUUAUGCUGUAUGUGUUGAUACCAGAAAAUCGAAUUUUGGAUAUUUGUUUCUACUUGCCGGAGGAGCAGUAUCAUGGAGGAGUGGAAAGCAGUCUGUCAUCGCUGCUUCCACCAUGGAAGCUGAGUUUGUAGCAUGUUUUGAAGCUACCGUUCACAGUUUAUGGAUGCGGAACUUUAUCUCAGGGCUUAGGAUUGUCGACACUAUAGCUAGGCCGCUGAGAAUUUACUGUGAUAAUUCCGCAGCUAUCUUCUUCUCGAAAAAUGAUAAGUACUCGAAAGGUGCUAAGCAUAUGGAGAUAAAAUACUUAUCUGUCAAAGAAGAAGUGCAGAAACAAAGAGUAUCAUUUGAGCAUAUCAGUACUGAUUUUAUGAUAGCGGAUCCAUUAACUAAGGGACUGCCGCCUAAGACUUUUAAUGCUCAUGUUGAUCUUAUCGAAAACCAUCAAAUGUAAAGUAUUUUACAACCAGACCCUUUGCUGUGUCAGAUACUCUCAUACCUGCCCAUGAAGAACGCGGUUAGGACAAGCGUUUUAUCCACCAGAUGGAGAAACCUCUGGUCAGGAGUUUCUGGAUUGGAACUGGAAGCCGGUGAAUUCCAAGAUUACGAUGCCUUGGCGAGUUUUCUCGACAAGUUUAUGGAUUUACACAAGGGUGAGAUCCAUAAACUCUUAUUAGUGGUUGAUGGUGAAGAUGAUGAUGCAUCUUGUUUCAUCUCACGGAUUAAUGCUGUAGUAAACCGUGGAAUUCAACAUCUCGAUCUUACGAUGGGUUAUGGAUUCAUGAUGCCUCGAUCCAUUUGUGCGUGCGAGACAUUGGUGAGCUUAAAACUUCAUGACAUGAUCUUGGAUUAUCCCGAGUUUGUUUCUUUGCCUUGUCUGAAGAUUCUUGAUUUAGGACAUGUUGAGUAUCAGAUGAUAAUCUCAAACUGCCCGGUUCUCGAAGAUUUAACCAUCUCGAGGAGUGUCCCGGAUAAUGUAAAAGUCUUAUGGGUGCGUUCUCAUACUCUAAGGAGCUUUAAACUUGAUUUCGAUGCCAUUGAGUAUGAUGAAGAACUUGAAGUUGUGAUCGAAGGUCCUAGACUCAGGUAUCUGAAAAUCUUCGAUUUCCGUACUGACGUCUUCAAGAUCAGCAGUCUUGAUUCUUCUGCCACUGUCGAUCUUUCUCUAACCUUUAACGAACUGUACGGAGAUAUACCGGUCUCGUAUGUAUCAUCGAAGAAACAAAUCGUCCGCAACUUUCUCGUCGGGAUCUCAUCUGCGAGAAAUAUGACCAUUUCUCAGGAGACGCUAGACGUCAUCCAUGGUUUCCUUAAAGGGGAAGCUCUACCAGAAUUCAGAAACUUGUCUCAUGUUUCAGCCACAUUCUCUUACCAUUUGCUGAAAAUGUUGCCUACCCUUCUCGAGAGCUGUCCGAAUCUGAAAUCAUUCGUCCUGAAGGACUCUUGUUCGGAGAAGAAUCAAAUCAGAUUCAAAUCCGUUCCACCACGGUGUUUAGUGACGUCUCUCGAGUCUGUCGAGAUUGAGAUACCGAUAAGUUGGAACGCGGAAAGGCAAUUAGCGAAAUACUUUCUCGGGGAUUCGGAAGUGAUCAAGAAACUUACGAUACGUUGCGGUGAAUCUACGAGCGAGGAGAAAGCCGGUGGCAUACUCAAUGAACUCGCUGCAUUAUCGCCGCCAAGACGUUCGACCACUUGUGAAGUUGUUUUGUUUUGCUGA